UCAACGGCGAGGUCAGAUCUCGCACUUCACCCAGAGAGCUAUGGCGAUGCCAAGUGGUUGACUGCCGUGCCCGUUACGAGUGAAAUGAUCGGUGGACAGUGAUAAAACCGAGAGACGUCCACGCCGUGCCGAAAGCGCCGACCCGGAGCGGAGCAGGCGAGCAACGAUCGGACGGCCGAACAAGUCGAGUUUCGGCAGACUUGUCACGCAAAGCACGGCACACCGACGGCAGGCAGCUCGGCGAGUUGUCAUGUUAUCAUCGAUUUUUCGCGAGCCACAGCCGAACCGCUGGUGAUCGCCGACGCGCCGAUUCGCGGAAGAGUUCGCGGGUAAAUGCGGUUGGACGCGAGUGCCGAAGCCCGUCGAGUGCAGAAUGACGAGCGUCGGCGGCUACCUGUGACAGCGACAGCAGCCAGAGCAGCCAUUUUCAGUGCUAAUCCAGUUAGUGGUGUUGCGCCGCUGUGCCGCGGUAUAUACCGACUUUAAUAGGCGAACCGUCGGCCCGGUCGGCGUGGUGGUGUUUCGCGAGUCGAGCAGCCGCCCACCCUCGCCGACACCCCUCGGCCACGUAGUAUGCAGAAGAGGGACGGAGGGAAAAGUACCGUCGCCGCUGCUGCCGUCUCCGGUGACCCUCAGGAGAAGCGAGUUUCGAGAGUGAGUGGUGCGGCGGCCGGUGCGACCGCCGCCGGUGUUCGAGCAGCCACAGCUGCCUCCGCCGCCUCCAACAUGCAUAGCACGAGCAGGCACAGCGUGUCCAGCGGCUCCUCCGGCGUCCUCAUGGUCGGGCCCAACUUCAGGGUCGGCAAGAAGAUAGGAUGCGGAAACUUCGGGGAGCUCCGCCUUGGCAAAAACCUGUACAACAACGAGCACGUUGCCAUCAAAAUGGAGGCAAUGAAAUCAAAAGCGCCGCAGUUGCAUCUAGAAUACAGGUUCUACAAGCUACUUGGCUCUCACGGCUCGACCAGCAAGAGGAAAUCGACAUCGAACGCAGGCGGCUCCGGCAGCGGAUCUGCAACCCCUGGCGGCUCCUCCACUUGCUCCGCGUCGGGCAAAGUGAAAGAGGGCAUCCCGCGUGUUUACCACUUUGGCGUUUGCGGUGGCCGGUACAAUGCUCUGGUGAUGGAGUUGCUCGGCCCCAGUCUCGAAGACCUCUUCGUCUUGUGCGACCGCAGGUUCACCCUGAAAUGCGUGCUGCUCAUAGCCAUACAACUUCUCCAUAGGAUAGAAUAUGUUCACUCACGACAUCUCAUAUACAGAGAUGUUAAGCCUGAGAAUUUCCUCAUUGGUCGUAGCUCCACCAAGAAGGACAAAGUGAUACACAUUAUAGACUUUGGACUCGCUAAGGAAUACAUUGACCUGGAGACUAAUAAACACAUCCCGUACCGGGAGCACAAGAGUUUAACAGGCACAGCUAGAUAUAUGAGCAUAAACACGCAUUUAGGCAAAGAACAAAGCCGAAGAGAUGAUCUUGAGGCUCUCGGCCACAUGUUCAUGUACUUUCUGCGCGGCUCGCUGCCAUGGCAGGGCCUGAAGGCGGACACGCUGAAAGAGCGGUAUCAGAAGAUCGGCGACACGAAGCGUGCGACGCCGAUCGAGGUGCUUUGUGAAAACCAGCCCGAAGAGAUGGCCACCUACCUACGCUACGUGAGAAGACUGGACUUUUUUGAGACUCCAGACUACGAGUAUUUGAGAAAACUCUUCCAGGAUCUAUUCGAGAGAAAAGGCUAUGUUGACGACGGAGAGUUCGACUGGACAGGAAAGACCAUGCCUGCGAAUUUCCACGUUUUUCGCGUGCUCAGAAACGCACCUCCCUCCCACGUUGGGAAAACUAAGUCGGAUAAGUCAACACCAGUGGGCUCCUUACAGACUGGCCACGAGAUGGUUGUCUCACCUAAUAGAGAGCAGCACCGAAACACGGCAAAGGAUGGAUUGGAUUGGCUAAUGUAUGACGAUGACGAAGAGUUAAUUAUCGAGGAGGGUGGAGUCAAGGGUGCUGCAUGGUCUGAUGUUCCAAAGCAGUCUUCAAAUACUCUGGGCAACCUGACGCCGGCAGAUAGGCAUGGAUCAGUGCAGGUUGUCAGUUCCACGAACGGAGAGCUGGCAAACGACGACCCCACGGCCGGUCACUCCAACACUCCGAUUACUGCACAAGCCGAGGUGGAAAUCGUAGACGAAACGAAUUUGUGUUACAGAUGCUGCUGCUUCUUUAAACGAAAGAAGAAGAAGUCUGGGCGUGCGAAGUGACUAGCUGCCGUCGUGCAGUGCAGUCCGGAGCGAGAAGCGGUGACCCUGUUGCGCGCCACCUCUCAGUCCAACUCGCGAGAUUCGAUGCUCAGUCCAAGUGGGGAGUUUUUGGCGGCGGCGGCCGCGGCUGUCGCCUCGUCUCAGCAUCCCCGAGCAGCGGCCAGCCGUCAAGUCCCUCCACUUGCUUAGUCAUCAAGGAAACAUAAAAUGCACCACCUGCAAUUAAUUCCCCUUAAACUUGCAAAUCACACAUACACGAACACGCUCUCACUGAAGAAACACACACACACAAACACAUACACACACACAACUUACGAAUCACACGCGUAAACACAUAAAACACGAAAGCCAUCUGUAGUUUUUAUGAUAAUUUGCUCUUCCUGAUAUUCUUUUCCUCUGGUUUCGUUAAAUUUAAUGAACGCCGUUUUUAUCCUGCGAAAUGUUGAUGAAAUCUGGCUUUUUGUGAGGCACUCUACUGUAGCGAUUAGGGGCGAGUCAGCCGAGCUGGUUGAUGGAAAAAGCUCGCUCACCCCUGCUGUUUCUCUCUUUUUUGUAAGAGGAAGUAAUGACACACCCCAGUCCCUUCCCCCAAUGAUGGAAAAUGAUGAAAAUGAUGUUCCAUGAAACAUACUUUUUAUUUAUAAUCGAUCACUGUAAAUAAUAAUGCCGGAAAUGCUAAAAUGAGAAAUAAAACUGGAAACUUGUAACAACUUUUAAUUUAAUAAAUAUAGUUCUUAUGGCUGUACAA